AUGCUGUCCCGCUCAAACACGCCAUCUAUUCCAACCAUCGAUUCUAUGACCAUGCCAGAGCGCAGAACUCGCUCGCCCCCACACCAUGGCAGCAAAGACCACGAAGACGUGUCCGAUGAUGAUACAAUUCCCCACUCUCAUGGCCGCGACAAAUUUCGCCGUGAGAGAAGCUUAGAACGCAACACCGGGGAUGCUGAUCGAUACGACUAUAAGAAACGUCCACGAAGUAGCCCAGUCCCAUCCGAUGCAGAACACAGACACAAACGACACGUUGCUCUGUCACCACCUCAUGGCAUGCGUGGGCACGGCCCCCCUGUUCCUCGAGGUGCUCGUGGGCAACCGCGUGGUGAUGCUGAACAGGGAGACCGUUAUGUCCCCAACUACGACCGAGAUGGCUAUGUUCCAGCACCACGCUACACUCAUGGGCCUGAUACACAGCAUCCUGUUCCAGGAAUGAAUCAUCCAAUGAUGGCAGAUAUGAUGAUGAACAACUGGUCAGCUAUCCCAAGACCUCCUACUGUAGAUCCACAGCAGUUGACUUUCCUUAUGCCUUACAAACAAUUUGCUGAGAACCUGCGCAACACACACGCUAGAAGUUAUUUCACUGAAGAAGAGCUUCACACCCGCUACACACUUUACAAACAUUCAUUUGCCACUCGCCAACUGACUGAAUUCUUCAAGAUCAACAAGGAGAAGAUAUGGUUCCAAGAAAAAUAUCAUCCUCGCCUUUCUCUUCCACGUGAAGAAGAUAUGAAAAAACGAAGACGCCGUUAUCUGGAAUCCUUUUUGGCCGCAAUCGGACGUGGAGAAUAUGACGAUGUGUGCUACGACGGACAUCCUGAUCAAAUCCCAGCACAAGAGGCCAAAGAGGAAACUACAGCAACCCAAGAGGAAUCUGAGGAGUAUGAGAAUAGACUAGUCAUAAAGACAGUCCCACCAACAAUUCCACGCGAGAAAAUUAUUGAGAUGUGUAGCAAAGUAGAAGGUUUCGAUUAUCUUGCUUUGUCUGAACCUAAUAUAAGCAAGAAAUUCCACCGCGUGGGAUGGAUCAAUUUUAAACCUGGUACUGACAUUCAAGCUGCACAUGCACAGCUAGAUAGUCAGAAAGUCGAUGAUUUCAUAUUCCAUGUGGCGAUGAACAAAAAGAACCAGAUGCAAUCACGUAUUCCUCGCUUCACGUUUGACAUCUCCAAUUCACACAGUCGUCUCAAGAUAGAUCUUGAGCAAGCAAAAGAAUUAGCUAAGCGAUUAGAGCAAUCACUAGGUGAGGAUGUUCGUGGAAUUGAUACUGUUGUAGAACGAGCAAAGCAUGUUAUAAAAGAGCAGACCGAUGUCAAGAUGGAAAGUCUGGCAGACGAAGGUGUCAAUUCGGAUGGCGAACUACCCGAAAAGUCUCAACCCGAGCAAGAACUCGAAAAGAAAAACAUUAAGAAAGAGUUGGAUAUGAUUAUUGCCUAUCUGAGAAAUGUCCACAUGUACUGCUACUAUUGUGGUCUUGAAUGUGAUUCGGUAGAAGAACUGUCUCGAAAGUGUGUUGAGCCUCAUUAUCGCCGUGUGUCGAAUGAGCGUGGGACAGUAAAGUACCCAAAGAACGACAAAGCUGUGUAUUGGCUUCACAAUCUGGAUCAAAGAAUUGAUCUAAAGCUCCAUACACCAACUGACAACAAAUUGGAAAGCCUAGGCGGAAAGGUUCUUGAAUCGGAAUUGUCUAAUUAUGUGAAAACACAGGUUCACAAAGAACAUGAAGCUAAAUAUAAGUGCAAAGUUGGUGAUUGCUCCAAAGCAUUCAAGGGCUAUGAUUUUGUGGAAAAACACAUUUUCUCAAAACAUCCUGAAGAAAUUGAGCAGAUCAAAGAGGAGGUCAACUACUUCAAUAACUACGUUUGCGAUCCCAAUCAUAUGCUGCCCGUUGCAAAUUCUGUUCCUGGCCCAACACCCAACAAACAACACAAUGUUCAGUACAUCCCAACUCCUAAUGGUGCUAGCGGUGGUGGAGGUGGGGCCGGUGGUGCUGGUGGUGCAGGUGUCGGUGGUGGAGCCGGUGGACCAUCUUCACCGUUUAUGAUGAAUACAAUGAACGGAAUGCGGGCCCCACAUGGAAUGAUGCCCAUGCAGGCAGCUCCUGGAUCACCUUGGAAGCAAAUCCCAAGAAUUGGAUUUGGUGACAAUAACAAUUCAUGGAACUCAUUAAACAUGCCUGGUAGAGAGGCAUCUCGACCAAGUGGGAGUGCUAAUAAUGGAGCAGCGUCACGCGCAAUAAGUAUGGACUUGGAUGCUUUCCCACGCGAUCCUCGCCAAGUCAAGUCUUAUGUUGAUUUGGAUGCACCUGCUGAAGGAGAUGCUAACAUCGCGUUUUAUUAACCUACCAACCUUGUCCCUUUUGUCCCUUUGAGCUGAUUUCCGUUUUUCUUCCUUUUCUUUUUUUUUCCUUUACCUUUUCCUUUUUUUUCACAUCUUCAUGUCUUCUUUAUUUUUAUUUUUUGGCCUUCGCACAUUCUUACAUUGGCUACAAUAAAAAAAAACACACGCACAAAUACAAUUAUCAAUACAAAUCCAAGU